UCAGCCCGUCCUGAAAGGAUUUGACUCGAGUAGCUACUGGACCGGUUUUCUUGCGGCGUUUCUAUCUGAAACGCGCAGCAUGAAGACCCACUGAGAACCGGCUGAAAAAUAGAAGAGCAGAAUAACAAAACAAAACAGAUUGCAGGAGUGAUUUGCGGUGAUGCUGUGAUAAAAUGCUCCCUGCUUCAUCCAAGCUGCCUUUGAAACAAGAGUUUCCAUAUUCAGUGCAAUUUGGCGCUGCUCUUUCCUCAGAAUUAACCUUUUUAAUGACCAAAUCUGCAUUUUGAAUGGAGGAGUAGACUGCUGAGAUAAAUCUGAGCCAGACUCCUGAAACAACAGAGAAGUGUAAGCUCAUCAAGAAAAACACAAGCAGCGAGGAAGGAAGAAAAGAGCAGAGAUUUGGCAGUUUCCUCAUUCUUCUCCACUCAUUCCUGGACAGACAAGUAAAGCGCCCUUCCCCAUAUGUGGUGGGUGAGAUGAACUCCAGUGGGAAUACUGUAGACCCCACCUGACAGCUCUCUGCCUGAGCAGCUGAAAGCUUUUCACUGAAGCCUCCACAAAUACCUGGAGCUGGAUAAAAAAUAAAAUUGCCCAAAAUCCAACAUCUUAACGGUGAUGCUCAUUUUUUGACAAAGACAUUUAGAAUACUUAUGUAUUAUUUAGCUUGCAAAAUGAUGUCUUAUCUUUAGAUAGGUUGAAAGCAUUCAGACAUUGACUAACCGGAGGAAAAAUAAAAGGAUACAAAACAAAUGUGUUGAAUUCAAGGAAAUGGAAAAACCUAUUUGUCAUUCUCUUCCCGACUUCUGAUUUUCUCCCAUCUUAGACUUGCCGGCCCUGCUUCUAGAACAGCCCCCCGAGGUCUUUUCUCUGCCCCACACAAUCACAUCCUUUUGUCCUUCACCUCUCGAUCCAGUAGUUAACUUUCUACCCAGAGUUCAGCCUGGCCGGCACAACCAUUCCAGCUAAGGGGGAGGAGGACUUCCUCACGCUGGCCGCCUCCCGGCUCAGCCGCAAGAAACGUGUCAUUGGUGCUGGAGUUGGCGUGGCCAUGGUUUUGGUCCUGCUGGUGGCCAUCCCUCUAUUGGUCCACACCACCAAGGGGGGAGGGUCCGAAGAAGGGGGCACACAUUAUGAGAUGUUUGGGACCAGCAAGAUGGAGUGUGACACUCCCCAACAGGAAGAGCUGACAGCUGCCUCCCCGCAACCCCCAGACUUCCCAAAUCGCAGGGGCAAACAGGGGUUCAGAGGGAGCCCUGGACUUCCUGGUCCUCCAGGUCCUAAAGGCCCCCCUGGAGAGCCCGGCAAGCCUGGGCCACCAGGGCCACCAGGGCCUGGGCCCGGUGGCUACGGCUCAUCCCUCUACAGUCCCAAAAUCGCCUUCUACGCAGGCCUCCGGAAACAACACGAAGGGAGUGAAAUACUGAAGUUUGAUGACGUGGUGACCAAUGUAGGGAACUACUACGAGCCAAGUACCGGCAAGUUCACCUGCCCUCUGCCUGGCAUCUACUACUUCACCUACCAUGUCCUGAUGAGAGGAGGUGAUGGGACGAGCAUGUGGGCUGACCUGAAGAAGAAUGGCCAGGUGAGGGCCAGCGCAAUCGCUCAAGAUGCAGAUCAGAACUACGAUUACGCCUCCAACAGCGUCAUCCUCCACCUGGACGUGGGUGACGAAGUGUGCGUACAGCUGGAUGGGGGCAAAGUUCACGGCGGGAACACUAACAAAUACAGCACCUUCUCUGGCUUCCUCAUCUACCCUGACUGACAGUGUGCUCACAUUUACACUCCUGCUGUAAUCAGGCAAAAAAAAAAGAAAAAAGAAAAAAAGUUUCCUCUUCUUUCAACAUUUAACACACCAUGCUGCCACAAUGUAAUUAGUCAUUUCAAUGCUGUUCAGUACACAAAACAUGUAAUUACAUGAUCAUCGUUAAGAAAUAGAGUUCGAAGAGAAUUUGUGUGAAAAUAAGUAUUGUACUGUAUAUAUUACCCGUUAACAUUUACUUCUGAUACACACACUCGUGUAAUCAUUAUUCUGUGCCAUGUACAGUAUGUGUAAGCAUGGCUAAAGCGCAUAAUUAACAUCUGUUUCACAUGCACAUAUUCGCUCGUACACACACACACACAGAGGUAUGCACACAUGAACUGAACUUCUCCUAUCAUUUGUUACUCUGAGACAAGACGACCAUUUCAGCCACUGGUCUGCAAUCGACUGAAAUGAUCUCUGAAUGUUGACUGUAAAUCAGAGUGUAUGUACUUGGAUGCAGCCUCUCACCUUCACUGUGAGAUGGAUUUCCAAAUGAGAAAAGUCAUGAAUAUAUUGAUCACAGCUGAUAACACAGCUAACACCGCAAACAUAAUCCAGUGUGUUGUAUGUCUGUGUGCAAGCAUAUGUGUGUGUGUUUAUAUUGAACCAUCAAAGCGUCACAUUGCGGGUUUAACUUGCACAGGCUCUGACUCCUGUUCAGACAGGAGGCUGUCAAGCUGUUGGUUACAGUCCCUUAACAAACACAGUAUAUCGAUACUGAGGUUUAGCUUUGAGAUUUUCCCUGAGCUAAAGCUUACAACAGAGCCUCAUCAUGUACUGCUAAUGAAGCUCCUCUACAACCUCAUCUGUUCAGUCACACUGACACCUGGCAUCCAUAGUUUGCAGAAUGAAAUAGUUUGAUAUAUUGGAAAAUGUGCUCACUGGUUAUCUUGCAGAGGGAUGGAUACAAAAAUUGUUUCACUUUCUUAUGUCUGUCUGCUUGUCAGAGCGCUGAGGCAGGCAACCGGUUAGCUUGGCGUAGCACAAGGGCAGGGUUAUACCAGAAUAAAGUGGUUUGUACAAAGAGUGGGCCAGCCUUGUUGGAAAUCAAAAGUGUUCAGAAUGGCACACAUUGUCAGACAGUCUCAAACGGAAGACAUUCAUGGAGACGUACUUGCUUGUUCACAUGAAAAGUGAGAGAAACUGCUGCAUAACAACAGAAAAUAAAAGAGUUAGCGAGAAAAAUUCAAACCCUGGCUGCAUUAUGUGGUGUGUGAACGUCAGGUCAGAAAGUUACGGGCAUGGUUGAACACAGACCCUGCUAAUCCGAUUGUGGAAAGGUGUGUGUGUGUGUGUGUGUGUGUGUGUGUGUGUGUGUGUGUGUGUGUGUGUGCGUGUUUGUGUGCGGAUCUCCGAAGCUAUUUGACUGCCUGACAACCGCUUCUGAAGAAACAUGCUCGCAGCUUAAUGCUAACACAGCACUGGAAAGGGGAAAAAAGUCUGGCUCUGUGGAAAGAUGAUAUAAUCCACCUAUUGCAACCUUUAAAUAAUGUGUUAUAUCUCGUGUAUUCAAUAUACACAAAAACAUAUGUUUUGAUAGGUACAUUACACACAGAGCCAGGCUAAUCAGGUUGGUAUUUUCCUGUUGUCAGUGUUUGUGCUAGGCUAAGCUAACUGGCUCAGUGUAGCAUCAUAUAUACCAUACAGAUAUGAAAGCAGUAUCAGUCUUCUCAUAAAUAUCUCAUAAAACAAGUGUCAAACUAUUCCUUUAAUUUCACAGUGACUAUGCCCAUAUAUGAAGAUGUUUUUGAAAUGCAGGUGACUGUUGUCAAAGUACUACUGCCAUAUGCCAUACCUGUAGGUUUUCUGUGCCUUACACUGUGUUUUUCAUUUUUUAUUUUUUUAUGCAUGAGGCAGUCUCCCUCGUUAAGUCCAGUCUAUGUGAACAAGCUGAUGCAAACGGCAGCUCGAAGAGGAUUUCUAACGAAAACUUCUCCAGCUCGCUUUAUGAAACGCAGAUGCUAACGGAGGACAUCUUUGUAUGUGUAUGGAUGUAACUCACUGUUGUAAAUAAAAGGCGCUAAAAUGAAGACUGAGGUUCAUUCUGUGGAGGGAAAACCUGUGUGAAUGAACAUGGAGCAUGAAAGUGUGUAAUUCAAAAUUUGAUUUGCACCCAGAAAAAUUAUAAAUAUGGUGAUGUAACCAAAUUAUUAUAAGAAAAAAUUUUUUUUCAUGGUGUAAUACUUAGAUGGGUACAAUACAGAACUACUUUGAGCAUAUCUAUUGUAGUUUUAGUGCCAUGGAAGAAAAGAGCUCCAUAUUGUCUCAAUAAUACACUUGGCACAAAUGGCACCGAUCCAGCUCCGAGGCUUCUGAUAGCAUGACUGUACCCUGAUGAGAUUUGAAUGUAAACUUUUCUGAUGAACUCUUUAUUCUUGUGUUGUAAUUGAAAAACCAUCCUGACAUUGUAUGCUGUACACAGUCAUUCCUAAUGAGUGGCUGCACAUAACCUCUGUGCCAUGCUGCAUCCUACUGUGUGUGUUUUCUCUGGCGCUGUUUCCUUUGCUCAUGAGCAGCAUGGAUUCUUUGUUGUCACUGUACUUUGAAAGCUGAGUUGUGUGUAUUUGUGUAUGUGUGAAAUCAGCAUAGAUUUUUCUCUGCCCUUGAAGACCAUGAAACACAAUUAAAAAAAAAAAAAUAAAGAAAUGGAAAUCAGGGUUAUUUUGCUAUCACUGAGUCAGUGAAAGUAAAACCCUUGGAAGUUAAA